UUGGUCUCCGCUUUUCCUUGCCUGUGGCAACUGACAGCACCUCCCAGCCUAGCAGGCCGGCUGCCUGCUCCCCCAGCCAGUCGGUGGGUCUGGGCACUGCAGCAGGCUCGGCUCCAUCCCAGCACUUGCCUGGGAGAAAGAAACGUGGUAUACUCACCCAGAGAGAAUCUCUUUCUACCUUCCUUCCUCCCCGAUCUCUCUGUGUGCUUUUGUGUUACUUUUUCUUUUUCUUUUUUUUUUUUUUACUUAAUUAUAUUCCUAAUCCUGGAUGAAGUUGCUGGAUUCCGCAGCACAAGUCUUCAUGAACAAGCAGCACCGCUCAGAGAUUUCACGGCAUUCAAAGGUCACAGAACUGCCACUAUGGUUAAAUGUCUUGUUUAAUGGUUGAGAGGUGUGGCGAAAUCUUGUUUGAAAACCCUGAUCAGAAUGUCAAAUGUGUUUGCAUGCUAGGAGAUGUACGACUGAGGGGUCAGACGGGGGUUCCUGCUGAACGCCGCGGCUCCUACCCAUUCAUCGACUUCCGCCUCCUUAACAAUACAACAUACUCAGGGGAAAUUGGCACCAAGAAAAAGGUGAAAAGACUGUUAAGCUUUCAAAGAUACUUCCAUGCAUCGAGGCUGCUUCGUGGAAUUAUACCGCAAGCCCCGCUCCACCUGCUGGAUGAAGACUACCUUGGACAAGCAAGACAUAUGCUCUCCAAAGUGGGAAUGUGGGAUUUUGACAUUUUCUUGUUUGAUCGCUUGACAAAUGGAAACAGCCUGGUAACACUGCUGUGCCACCUCUUCAACACCCAUGGACUCAUUCACCAUUUCAAGUUAGAUAUGGUGACCUUACACAGGUUUUUAGUCAUGGUUCAAGAAGAUUACCACAGCCAAAACCCAUAUCACAAUGCUGUUCAUGCGGCCGACGUCACCCAGGCCAUGCACUGCUACCUAAAGGAGCCAAAGCUCGCCAGCUCCCUCACACCUCUGGACAUCAUGCUUGGACUGCUGGCUGCCGCAGCCCAUGAUGUUGACCACCCAGGGGUAAACCAGCCGUUUUUGAUCAAAACAAACCACCACCUCGCCAACCUAUAUCAGAAUGUGUCUGUGCUGGAGAAUCACCACUGGCGAUCUACGAUCGGCAUGCUUCGAGAAUCAAGACUUCUGGCUCACUUGCCAAAGGAAAUGACACAGGAUAUUGAACAGCAGCUGGGCUCCUUGAUCUUGGCAACAGACAUCAACAGACAGAAUGAAUUUUUGACCAGAUUGAAAACUCACCUCCACAAUAAAGACUUAAGACUGGAGGAUGUACACGACAGGCACUUUAUGCUUCAGAUUGCCUUGAAGUGCGCUGACAUUUGCAAUCCUUGUAGAAUCUGGGAAAUGAGCAAGCAGUGGAGUGAAAGGGUCUGUGAAGAAUUCUACAGGCAAGGUGACCUUGAACAGAAAUUUGAACUGGAAAUCAGUCCUCUUUGCAAUCAACAGAAAGAUUCAAUCCCUAGUAUACAAAUUGGUUUCAUGACCUACAUCGUGGAGCCCCUCUUCCGUGAAUGGGCCCGUUUCACAGGACACAGCGCCCUGUCUGAGAGCAUGCUAAGCCACCUGGCGCACAACAAAGCCCAGUGGAAGAGGCUGUUGCCCAACCAGCACAGAAGCAGCAGCGGUGGCGGUGGCAGCGGCGGCCCAGACCACGCCGGCCCAGGGAUGGCCCAGGCUGAGGAGCAGACCGUGACCGAAGGCGACGCCCCAUAGUGCCAGCCAGGCCUGCCCCCUGCUCUGCACACUGAGAAUGCCAGCCUCCUCGCGCAGAGGCCUCUGGGAGGGCAGAUGCUCUGAGGGGCUCUUGCCGGUAAACCCAGCCCCUCUCUGGGUGUCGUCCUGGGGCUCUUUGGAACGCCACCCUCCUCCCACUCACCUGCCUCCCUCCUUUUUCCAAGUGUACAGAAGCCAUCCGUCACCUCAGCAUUAGCUGCCGAAAUAAGCAACUCCAUUCCGCCAUGAGGGAGCUGAUUCCAGGGGCCGGCUUGGCCCUCGAGGUGAAGACUGGGGAGUAAGAAAGAGGUGCUCCUGCCGUGGGCCCCUCGGGUCCUGGGUCACACUGAGACAGGCGGCACUUCCUAAGUCCAGAGCAUUUUUAGCAUUGGCCGUUGGACUGCUGAUCUGCAUGACAAAGACACCAGCAUAUUUGGAACUCCAAGGAUAUUGGUUUCAAGUGCAAGAGCACAAAUGAGAGCGUGAGAGAAAGUACCUUCUAUUUUAAUAAUAAUUAUUAUUAUAAAAAUAAUAAUAAAUCUUUUUAACUUUUCUAUCUUAUGCACUAGACAAUGGAUCUAAAACUAUGGGCAAACAUUACUCAAUGUACCCAAACUCGAACAGAGGGUUCACUGUUUUCUUACGGACUUUAUGCCACUUUGGGUCAGAGAUUUGGCAUCUUCUCAAUUAAGAAACCACGUUUCCUAUCCGAUCCAAGGGGAAGGUGCUGUACAGUUCAUUCCUUUGCACCAUUUGCCAAUCUGUCUUUUAUCGAUAACUCAGAUUCAGUGACAUGUUUAUAUCCACACCUGUACAUUCUCUGUAAAUAUCAAGCGCUACUGAUUCCCAUGCCAAAAUACAUGAGUAUUAUGGGACUGCUACCUGUAUAAACAAUGGCACUGUGAACAGAAUACUGUUAGUUUUAAUACAAGAGAAUGCAUUUGUAAAUAUGGUAUAGAGUUUAUUAAUAUACUGUUGUUUGCAGAUAAAGGCCUUAACUUUAAACAUCUUUCAUCUUCUGAAAGCUGCCCAACUUAAAUCCCCACAGAUGUCCUUCUGAACUGCCUUCCCAUGUCCAUCUUUAUGCUUUCCAGCUAAGGUCACAAAGCAAAACUGAAUAAAGUCUUUGAGGAAAUAUUUUGGAAACUUCACACGCAUUCCACUUGAGACCAUAGUGUUUAAUCUGUGGCACCAAGCAUUGUUUCCUCAGAUGAACAAGACCCUUCAGCAAGCCUGAAGUCACUUUCAACACAGCAAUGUUGCACUCUUUUAACAAGCCAGCUGAUAAGCUUGUGUUUAUACGACUCUUGUCAUGGACAUGGCAGUGUGUCAGCCUCGCGGGACACAUAGCAGGUCUCACAAACCUUCCGUGACCCUGUCAUCUAUCCAUCAGGGACUUCCCUGCUCCCCUAGCACACUGUCGUCUGUUCUGGCUACAGUACCAAAGCAUCUUUGGUUUAUGGUUGGCGUGCAUUUCUUUGGUUUAUGGUUGGCGUGCAUUUCUUUGGUGUCAAUAGUAACUGGAUUUUCCUUUUUCCUUCAUUUCAUGUGAACAACUACGCAACUGUUUAGCAGACGUUAACAUAAUUUAAGGAUAGAAAAUAUUUCAGUUGUCUGAUUGAUAGAAUUUACCUUCCUGGGCAGGUUUUUGUUGCCAUUUUUUCUGCAUAUACUUGGCCGGAAAAUCAAUUUGUUACAGCAUUCUUCUCUAGUCAGCUAAACUCUGUGCAUUGAACCUUUUCUUUAGAAGUUCUAGCAUAACUAAUGUUAGAUGAAAAUUGGCAAUGCUCCCUUUCUUUUUACCUUAAACAAUGUGGUAGUGGGAGAAUGAUACUAUGAUUGUUUCUGCCACUAUCAAGGUGUUUCGCAAGCUGAUAGAACGUCAGCUAACUAACUCUCAUUUCCUAAGUGCAACUCUUUUUUUUUUUUCUUUCCUCCUAACGUACAAGUGAAAUGUUAGAAACUUGACUGGAUUGUAUUAAGUUCCUGCAGAAAGACCGAGGCUUUCAGAAUAAAGGUUUAGAGGAAAUUUGGAAA